AUGACCACGAAAAACCCCAACAAACACAGAACCCCAGACUCCCAAGAAGAAGAACUAGGCACAUCAAUAUCCUCCAUCCGCGCAGAAAUCCAAACCCUCCAAAAACGCAAACGCCUCCUAACAUCCAGCCUCCUAACGACAAACCAAAUCCAAUCUCUCCUCACAACCCCACCAAAAGAAGCAACAAAUACCCUCGAAACCCUUUCCCCACUAGUCCAAGCCGCAGGCAAACACAACACCUCAAAUCACCAUCGCAUAGCAUUCGGCGCAACAACCUUCCCCUUCAAAGACCCCUCACCAACAGCAAACUCUCAAACCAAAAACCUCCUCGGCGUCCGCAUAGAUGUCUGCGCCCGGAACGGUCGAUUCGCAAAACCAUACUACAUCCUCCUUCGCUCGGAACGGAGCCAUGUCGCCGGCAAGGAGAGUACGCGCAGAUUAAGGGUUCACCGGCAUACAAUCCCAUCAUUUAUAUCCGUCGCGAAGCUCGAGGCUGUUUACCUACCGCGCGCUAGGGGGAGUACUCAUCAGGACGAAGAAGAAGGGGAUACAUCCUCCGAAGACUCGCCAAGCAAAAAGCAACCAUCAACGCGCAAACAGGAUCUAUCUGCCUUCGUGCGCGAAUUGCGGCGUGAAUUGGUUGCUUGGCAUAUGCGCGUCGAUGCAAUUGACCUUUUGCGCGAGUGGGUCGGGCUGGUUGAUUCUGAGGGGAGGGUUAUACCGUCUGAGGAUGUAUCGCCUGAUCCGAGUACGGGGAUUGUGGGGUUAGCGGGUGUAUCGCUUGAAGCGCGAUAUGUGCGUGUUGAGUGGGAGGAUGGGCGGGUUGGACGAUUUAAGUUGUCUAAUUGUGGGGUUGUGGAGAGGGCUGUUGUCAUUGGGGAUUCUGGGAGGGAUAAAGGGACUGAGGAUUUGAUUACUGGUGGUGGGGGGCGGGUUGAGGCGGUCCUUGAGAGGCUGAGGGUUAGGUCUGGGGUUGGGUCGCCUUCUUGA